AUGGAUCAACCUACUGAUCGACCUCCAAUACAACAGUGCCAUCCCACCCCUGACACUAGUAGUGACACCAUCACCGCCACCACCACCACCACCAGCUCUGGCCGCAGGGGAAAGGGAGGGCCGGAGAACGGCAAGUUCAGGUACCGCGGCGUGCGGCAGCGGAGCUGGGGAAAGUGGGUCGCCGAGAUCCGCGAACCGAGAAAGAGGACGCGCAGAUGGCUCGGCACCUUCGCCACUGCGGAAGACGCGGCCAAGGCUUACGACCGCGCCGCCCUCAUCCUCUACGGCCCCCGCGCACAGCUCAACCUCCAAACGUCUUCUUCUUCUUCUUCUUCGGGAUCCCAUCAAUCCGCCGCCUCUGCCUCCUGCUCCUCCUCGUCCUCUACUCUCCGGCCCAUCCUUCCGCGACCCUCUGGCUUCCCUUUCCCCGUUAAUCCCCCGCCGGUCAACCUCGCAGCCGCUGCGUACGCGGCCUACCCGCCGCAAUUCCUCUACGGCAACAUGACCGACAGCACCGUCAUGGCGCCAGCGGCGGAGUCUGCGGCGGCAGCGGCGGCGCCAUCCAUCUGGCAGCAGGCGGCCAACGAGGAGAUCAGCUCGCUGGCGGGGUCGGUGGGCCCGAGCCUGUCUCUCUCGUGCCCGCCGGCGAUGACCGCCGCGGACAGCUCCGGAUCGGCGCCGCUAGAGUCGCCGCCGUUGUGGGGCUACGACGACUACGACGCGGCAGCGUCUUGCCAACUGUGGAAUGACGACGACCCAUUCUUCUUCGAUAUCUGAUCAUCAGUUAGGGUUUAAUUAGU